UCGAGGGACCGACUCAGACCUCUCUGCCUGUCACAGGAAGCUGCCUCCCGGAGCAGCCCGGAGAUGGCUAAUUACACCUCUGCACCAGAUGAUGACUAUUACGACGUCUUCAUUGAGGAUGAUCUGAACGACAAUGAAACUCUCCUAAAGGACAACGCAGAACAAUGCCACCAAUAUGACCCCGAAGUCCUCUCGGCCCAGCUGGUGCCUCAGCUCUACACCGUAGUGUCCCUGGUUGGUCUCCUGGACAACUUCUUGGUUGUUUUCAUCCUGGUGAAACAUAAAAGACUCUGGCGCGUGGGAAAUAUCUAUUUCCUGAACUUGGCCAUUUCUAAUUUGUGUUCCUUGCUUACCUUGCCGUUCCGGGCUCACGCCGCCUCCCACGGGAGCACGCUGGGCCAUUCCAUGUGUAUCACUCUCAUGACACUGUCCUCCGUGGGCCUACACAGCGAGGCAUUUUUCAAUGCCCUUCUGAACUACCUGGUGUCUUUCCCGGGGAGAAGGUUGUUCAAGGUGGCCGGGAAGGUGCCCUGUGGCGUCACCGCCAGCGUCCUGGCCUGGCUGAUGGCCCUGCUGCUCGCGCUGCCUGAAUUCCUGUUUUACAAAUCCAGCCAGGAAUCCAGGUGCUUCUUGAGCGGGUCUCACUUUGUGCCUGGGGAGGGGACAUUCUGGGAGCAUUUUCUGACCUUAAAGAUGAACUUUGUGGGACUUCUGGUCCCACUGUUGGCUUUUAUAGUUUGCUUGGUACAAAUGAGAAAAACACUAAGGAAGCAUGAACUUUUCAAGCUUGUUUUCGCCAUAUCAGUUGUUUUCCUUCUGAUGUGGGGACCCUACAGUAUCGUGUUCUUCCUGUCUACGUUCAAGAAAACUUUCUCACUGCACGACUGCCGGAGCCACUACGACCUGGACAGGAGCGUCCAGGUGACGAGGAUCAUCGCCAGCACCCACUGCUGCGUCAACCCACUCCUCUACAUGCUCCUCGACAGGGACUUUCGGAAACGCCUCGGCUGUCUGCACCCUCUGUGUGGCGACCCUCCACUCCAACCCACUGAGGACGCUGCACAAGACACGCCAGGGGACGAAUGUGACCAUUCCACUCAACUGUAA